CAGACUCACUAUAGCGCUCUAGUAAUCGUUAGACGGAUAUCUGAAAUAAAAGUCGCACCUUUCCCAUAAGGACACGAAGACAAUGCAUUUGACAGAACAAUAUUUCAGAAGAACUGGAUAUAUUAGUCUUAACAAAAUCUGAUUUGUCAUAAAAAAUACCUUAAAAUAAGAAUCGUACAUCUGAUGUCACGAGCGAGUUAAAUUCUUCAAGUACCCCUAAUUCGCGUUUUACGGAUUUAUGGUUUUAUAAGAGAUUUCCUAAAUGAGCUGAUUGGAAUUGAUCGGACGCUUUUUAUUCACAUUUUCGUACCACGCAGCUGUGCAUCUGCAAAAUGACAGCGUAAACCGAGCAUACAUUGCUGAAACACAGCGAUCGCCUAACCUUACUCACUUCGCAAACUUUUAAUAUUGACUUAUAGAGCCACCGGGCUCGAUCACGCCGCAGUGUUUCCGGGUCUGAAGCGCCAUUUUGCAGGAAAGUUGGGAAUUUAAGCUGCAUUAGUUAAAAAAGAGGCGGGGAAAGUGAGAGAAGUUUUCUCUUUCAAGGGAAAAAAAUAUUUAGCGCGGGCGAAAAGGAAAGGGGCUGGAAAAUUCCCAUGCAACACGUUUUGGAGGCACAGAUUUAAUAUUGCAUUUCCCAGGCAAUGAGGAAAUUGUUUGUAUGCAUGUUUUUUUCCUUCUUGAACUGAAUUUGCGGUAAUUGGGGUGGUUGCAUAAAUAAAGGCAAACUAGUAGGGUAGGCGUGUUUCGUUCCCAGGAAGUGCACGCAGGUAGAUUAGCUGAGUUUGACAGCCAGUGUGUGUGUGUGACAGCGGGGAUCUGAUGCCAGCUUCACCCUCCUAUCGGAUACAAAGUCGGAGCCUCUCUGGCCGGAUCUGAAGACGAUCGAGACGCCAGUCUUGGGUCUGAUCACCGCAUCGGAGAGUCCCGGGGAUCCUUUUCUCAGUAACGGUGUACUUACUGCAAAGAGAGGGAGAGAUUUACGGGGUUAAUGGUGGUCUAGAGCUCCUGCUGAAGGCUGUGACCUGAAACCUUGCUGAACUGAAGCGCUGCUUAAUUUUUUUUUUGACAUUUGGAACCCAAAGAUGCCGGUGAGGAAGAAGGACGCCCAGCGCGCGCUGCUGCUCCUGGAGGAGUACCGGGCGAAGCUGAGCCGCACCACGGACCAGCAGCUCCGGCAGUCCAUCGAGAGGGUCAUCGCCGUCUUUCAGAGCAACCUCUUCCAGGCUCUCCUCGACAUCCACGAAUUCUACGAGGUGACAUUACUGGACAACCAGAAGGUCGCAGGGUCCAGUAAAACCAGUGCCCUCUCAGCCCCUGGCAACCUAUGGGACUUCUCCAGCCUUUCUAGCACCACUGGGACCUCGGAGACACUGCCCAGCAGUCUGAGCCCCAGCUUGGAGAAAUACAGGUACCAAGAUGAGGACACGACGGCCCCCCAGGACCACGGCUCACCGCGCCUCGCUGGCGACCUCCAGAGGCCGGAGCUGGCACAGGCGUCUGAGAAGACCCCCCAGCAAACAGAGGGCGCUCACAUCUUCGUACCCCACUCUCACAUCUCGCCCAUGAAGGUUGAGUCCCUGGAAUGUGUCUAUGAUGGGACGUCGGCUCUGAGAGCAGAGGAGAUCUCCACCCCUACCUUUUCUGCCUUGUACCCUCAGAGUGACACUCUCCUACAGCACACAGAUGCUGUCCCACCCUCUGCUCCCAUAAUCCCCGUGAUCCCCGUCUCUCCAGUCCUAGCUGAGACCACAGUCACCAUCACGUCCGCUCCACAGGUUAAUCCACCCCCCGUAGUGGUGAGCACAGACAUUUUGGACACGCCACCAUACGUUAACGGGACCGAAGCGGACUUUGAAUAUGAAGAGAUCACGCUUGAGCGGGGCAAUUCAGGCCUGGGCUUCAGUAUCGCGGGGGGCACGGAUAACCCCCACAUCGGCGAUGAUCCAAGCAUCUUCAUCACCAAGAUCAUCCCUGGCGGUGCAGCUGCUCAGGAUGGCCGUCUCCGAGUGAACGACUGCAUCCUGAGAGUGAAUGAUGCAGACGUGCGGGACGUCACUCACAGCAAAGCGGUGGAGGCCCUGAAGGAAGCCGGCUGCAUCGUCAGGCUUUACAUUCGCAGGAGGAAACCGGUCACCGAGAAAAUAGUGGAGAUAAAGCUGGUUAAAGGCCCUAAAGGCCUUGGAUUCAGCAUAGCGGGUGGUGUAGGGAAUCAGCACAUUCCUGGAGACAACAGCAUCUAUGUCACUAAAAUCAUCGAAGGCGGCGCCGCGCACAAGGACGGCAGGCUGCAGAUAGGGGACAAGCUGCUGGCUGUAAACAGCUCCUGCCUUGAGGAGGUGAGCCACGAGGAAGCUGUGGCCGCCUUGAAGAACACCCCCGAUGUUGUGUACCUGAAGGUGGCAAAGCCCACCAGUGUCUUCAUGAGCGACAGCUUCAUCCCGCCUGACGUCACCAACUCCUAUUCCCAACACCUGGAGAACCACACCACCUCUCCCAGCUACCUGAGCCAGCCGCUGGUCUCCAGCUCGUCUGGCCGCUACUCGCCCGUCCCGAAGAGUGCGCUGGCCGACGAGGAGAUCACCAGGGAGCCUAGGAAGGUGGUGCUGCUGCGAGGCUCCACCGGGCUGGGAUUCAACAUCGUGGGGGGCGAGGAUGGAGAGGGCAUCUUCAUCUCCUUUAUCCUGGCUGGGGGUCCGGCGGACCUGAGCGGGGAGCUGAGGAAAGGGGAUCGCAUCGUCUCUGUGAACGGGGUGGACCUGCGGGGGGCCACUCACGAGCAGGCAGCGGCAGCACUGAAGAAUGCUGGGCAGACCGUCACCAUCGUGACGCAGUACCGACCCGAGGAGUACAGUCGAUUUGAAGCGAAAAUCCAUGACUUGAGGGAACAGAUGAUGAACAGCAGCAUCAGUUCAGGGUCCGGCUCGCUGCGGACAAGCCUGAAGAGGUCCGUCUACGUCAGAGCCUUGUUUGACUACGACAGGACGAAAGACUCCGGUCUUCCAAGUCAGGGCCUCAACUUCAGAUUCGGGGACAUCCUCCACGUGGUGAACGCCUCCGAUGACGAGUGGUGGCAGGCACGACAGGUGACCGCCGAAGGGGAGGUGGAGGAGGUCGGCGUCAUUCCCAGCAAGCGGAGAAUGGAGAAGAAGGAGAGGGCCAGGUUAAAGACGGUGAAGUUCAACUCCAAGUCUCGGGACAAAUGGCAGUCAAUCAAUGACAAGUGUAAAAAGAACCUCUUUUACCGAAAGUUUCCUUUCUACAAGAACAUGGACCCGAGCGAGCAGGAAACCAGUGACCUUGACCAGCAUGUAACCUCUAAUGCCAGUGAUAGUGAAAGUAGUCACCGUGGAGUGGAAGAGUACGUCCUGACGUAUGAGCCGGUCUGUCAGCGAGAAGUGAACUACACUCGUCCAGUGAUAGUCCUGGGACCUAUGAAAGACAGAAUCAACGACGACCUGAUCUCUGAGUUUCCUGACAAAUUCGGGUCCUGCGUGCCUCACACCACCAGGCCGAAGCGUGACUAUGAGGUGGACGGCAGGGACUACCAUUUCGUCACCUCGCGAGAGCAGAUGGAGAAGGACAUUCAGGACCACAAGUUUAUCGAGGCUGGCCAGUACAACAACCACCUGUACGGCACCAGCAUUCAGUCGGUGAGGGAGGUGGCAGUAAAGGGGAAACACUGCAUUCUGGAUGUUUCCGGCAAUGCCAUCAAGCGGCUCCAGACCGCCCAGCUGUACCCCAUCGCCAUUUUCAUCAAACCUCAAUCUGUGGAGAAUAUUCUGGAGAUGAACAAGCGGAUGAUGGAGGAUCAGGGCAGGAAGACCUUCGAACGGGCCGUCAAACUGGAGCAGGAGUUCACGGAGCAUUUCACAGCCAUCAUCCAAGGGAUCACCCUGGAGGAGAUUUACACCCAGGUCAAGCAGAUCAUCGAGGAGCAGUCUGGCCCCUACAUAUGGGUUCCAGCCAAGGAGAAGCUGUGAACGAGCUCACACAUUAACUGGUUUUUAUUUGUUUUGUUUUUUUUUUUUGUUUGUUUUACUUUUUACAUUUCUAAUGAUUUUAAUUUAUUUUUUUAGCCGACCUGUGCUGGUCUGUUCUGUUAGAUGGUACGCUAACCCGAGCUUCAGAAUCAGCCUGUUUCACAUGCCCGCGUCAAAGGCGUUGUGAAAUUUCGUCAUGGCCCGAUUUCCUGACCUGCCUGCUAAAUAUCUCUUGAAGACUGGCGUUCGAAGCUCCGGUUUGGACCAUCCCUGUUUCUUGCUAAGGUGCCAAGGGAGUUUCCUGACUGGCAUCUGAAAAGGGGGAGGGGCUUAUGGAACACUUCCUUAAUGUUUAAGGGUGGUGACUUUCUGCAAAAAACAAAAAACGAGACAUUGUAUGUUUUUUUUUAAGCUUUGUUUUCGUAAUAAUAUAGAAUAAAAUACAUAACGCAAGACUUUGCACAUUAUAGCUUUAACACUUCUGAACAGUCCUGUUUUCUUGUAAUUUUAUUCUUCUGUUGCUGUUCCUUUUUCAAAGCUUUGUCUGAAUUGCUUUAAUGUGUAGCUUUUUUUUUAAAAAAAAAAUUCUUCUUCCUGGUCUUGAUCUGUAUGCAUUUGCUUGUCAACAGAGAUCUGGCAGCUGUUCGGUUCUCAUUUUUAAUUUUGGUUGUUAAUUGGCAUGAAGUCGGUAAAAUGCAGGCAAGACAUCGGUGUCAGACUGUUACUCGGCGGGUCCUGGCGGGAAACGGUAUCUUAUUACCCGCUAACGUCACGAGUCGAAGUCGGCGGUUUCCAUCAUGUUUAGGUGCUCUUAAGGGUUCCUUUGAUAUAGUCACACAGAAACGUAAUGGUUGUUUUAAAAGCUGAUAUAUAGAAUAAUAAAUUAGGAUGCAAAACAGCAAUGCAAAAACCAUGAGAAUUUAUUGUACACUGAGAUUUUAACAUAUAUUUAACCCUCAGUAAACUGCCUAUUUUGUUAUAAUAAAGGUCUAUAUUGAACUUUAAAUGCAACAGUUAUGGGAAUUAUUUUCUUUACAUUGUCAGACAUAUAUGAAUAUAUAUGUGUAAAUAUAUAUUAUGAAAUAAAUAUGAAUAUAUUUUCCUUUACUUUUACCACUACCACCUUUGUUGCUUAUUUUCCAUGCAUAAAGUUGAAAUAAGGAAAAGUUCAGGCCCAAUGGAGCCCAAGUGGUAAAAGUAAAACAGUAUUUGGUAUAAAUCAGCUGGCAAAUAAAGUAACUAUUACAGCAGGUUCUCCUCUUUUUUCCUGACCGUGUGAAUUCAGUUUUUUUAUGUGAUGUGCAUGAUUUUAAUGCAAUAGGCUGUUGUACAAAACAAACAAAAAAGUUGUGCGUUUUCACCUGGGACUGUAAUCGUCGUACCUUAAAGCAUAGUUCCUCAUGGAUCCCUUCCCUGUGGGUCUGACAUUUGGUCUCGGAGCAGGAAGUCUGAAGAUGCGCACUCUAACGCAAGCCUUCAGGCCUCCACCAGGGGGAGCUCUUUCGCGCUCACCGGCCAUGGAGAGGAUUGUCCCAUGACUGCUUCUUUACCACCUCAUCACGACUGUAACUUAAUUUACAGCUGGACGGUAUAAGCAACUUACCAACGGAUUCAUUCCAUUUGUCAAAAGGGGAGAACAGUUAAUAAAAACUUUCUCAUACUA